AGGUGGAGCUGAUCUGGAGGCAACGGUGGUCCAUGAUGACCGUUUUGUAUCUCAUUGCACGAUAUAUUGCAAUAGCAUUCUCUGUGUACGUUUUGACGUUCAAACCAUUGGUAUUGUGCUCAUUAUCCGUCUUUCACAACCAGGAUCAACAUGUUGAUCAGUCUUCCAACGGUUUCGAAGACCGGUACAGUGAGUAGUAUUCCGCACCGAUGCCUUCCCGUCCAAACAACUGAACUACCAUGCAGGGUUGCCUUAUUAUGAUUGACGCAAUUAAUUGGAUGAGUGACUUCAUACAUAUAAUACUCGGUGUCAUUGCGAUCGCUCGGCUGCAUGCCAUGUAUCAGGGAUCCAGAAAGAUGCUGACAUUUCUUAUUGUUAUCUUUCUGGCCAUCAGAAUCCCUGUCGAAGUGAUGAGCGCAAUGAUGACGGCGCAGAUUUCAGGGGAGGAAUACAUCCUUUCCGGCAUCUAUAGGUGCAGAAUUAGCUAUCCGGACAAUUCUAUAUUCCUGGGUUCUAUGACUUGGAUACUUGGCACUGUGUGGGAGGUCCUUUCACUGUGUCUCGCGGUCUGGAUUGCUGUGAAGCACUUCCGUGAACUACGAAGACGCUCAACGGGAGGCAUUAUGGGGCACUGUUUUACGGUGUUAAUGCAAACUCACGUUACUUACUUUGCAAGUUUUUUGGCUGUCUCUUCCCUGCAGAUCAGUUUUUUCUCUCCGACAUUAAUAGCGCACGAAGAUUCCCAGGGCAUUCAGAUUUAUAUCUGUCUGAUUCAAAUCUUCCAGAUGGCGCAGCUGUCUGUGCUGGGACCACGUCUUAUCCUUGGCGUUCGAGAAUACAACGCUAAGCUCGUGGACGCCUCCGAUACAGCAACCGAUAUGACUUCAAUUGCUUUCCAAGAACGUGUUUAUGUGGAAACUAGCACUACCGUGUAGUUCGGAAGAUGCUCGAUGUGAUUUACGACUGGUAGGCUGUCUGAUACAGAGCGGUUUUUGUAUUUAGUUUUGUCGCGGAACUUACUUAAGUUAUUUAAUGUUACAAGAUAUAUUCGAAAGAGAUAUCAAUAUUAAUGUUCCUACCACUUGCAAUUGCAUAAUCCCCCACGGCCCUCCGGGCAGCCCAGGACCCUUCGUAUCAUUUCACAACAAAGAAAAAAAAGAAAACAAAAAUGCACGAUCACAGUUUUUCCAUUGGUAUAAACCUAGCUGAGAUCUUUGUCGAUGUUCCACGUACGGUAUUAGGAGAGCAAGG